AUGGGUACAGUCAUGGUGAAUCUGCCGGCCCGAACUCGAUACCACACGGAGAUUCAACACCGGAUCGUGCUCAGUGUAGAAGGACUUUGCGCUGUGCGGAUGCUUGAGGCGUUUGUCUUUCUUGAAAAGGACGCUUUGCGUUUGGCUUGCGAGCUUGGAUUUGUGGUACGGUUGCUUAAGCAAUCACGAUACGUCCGCAUCCCUUGGGGCAUCGGGAGUAGACUUAACUUUAAGCCACGACAACUUAACGGUCUAUAG